GCGAUUUUGUGGGACUUUACAUGCUGACAACUCGGCAACAUGACUGAAAAUGUCUCAGAAUGGACUACAGAGCAAACUGGCCAUUGGCUGGAGGCGAAUGGUUUCUCAAGUUAUGUGGAGUUACUAUGUGAUACACACAAAGUGGAUGGAGAGGUGUUGCUUUCUCUCAUGGAGGAUGACCUCCGAAAACCGCCAAUAGAACUUAAAAUUCUCGGUGAUAUAAAAAAACUAAUCCACUGCAUUAGACGUUUACAGCGAGAGAGCAAUAAAACUUCAUCGCAGUGGGAUAAUGGCGAUGUCAUAUCACCAAGAAGACUACGAUCUCGGAAAACAGCUGGGUAUAGACAUCAGCUCAACAGACUUGAUUCAACGGAUUCUCAGGAUAUGUUUUCCGCAGAUGAGUCGGUAAAAAGUCGGCCAAUGUUUGUAACUGAGACAUCGAAAACUGUGAUUAGUUUUGUAUACUUCGCUUCAGUAUUGAUGUUGACUGCGUUUACCAUGACGGUUGUGCAUGACCGGGUACCAGAUACUGAUAAAUAUCCCCCAUUACCAGAUAUUGUUUUAGACAACUUACCACAUAUACCUUGGGCAUUCAAAGUUUGUGAAAUAGUUGGUGCUAUAUUAGGGACAAUUUUAUGUGUUGUCUUGGUGUUGCAUAAACACAGGCUUAUAAUUCUCAGACGUAUUUUUUCUUUGAGUGGGACGAUUUUUUUGUUACGAUGUUCGACAAUGUUCAUUUACGGUGAUGUCUGGUCCAAGUUAAAACGAUCUCUGGAGAUUUGUUUAGGUCUUGGUAUGUCAUUAACUGGCGUCAACACAUGUGGUGAUUACAUGUUUAGUGGUCAUACUGUCGUCAUCACAACAUUCAACUUUUUUAUCACUGAAUAUACUCCAAGAGAUUAUGACUUGUUACAUACAAUGUCUUGGGUCCUCAAUAUAUUUGGUAUAUUUUUCAUCUUAGCUGCUCACGAGCAUUACUCGAUAGAUGUCUUUGUCGCAUUCUACAUCACGUCCAGACUAUUUCUCUAUUACCAUUCAUUGGCUAAUAACCGAUCAUUACUAGACGGUGACCAGCGAACCAGAGUUUGGUUUCCUAUGUUCAGUUUCUUUGAGUCCAAAGUUGAUGGCAUUGUACCAAACGAAUAUGAGUGGCCAAAAUUCCCAAAAAUGUUAAGACGUCAUUGUGACUAACAAACUAGAUUGUAUCAAGGUUUCAUAAGAUAAGGGUAUGCAAGGAUCUGAUAAAUGAUGAAGAUCUCACGUUAAUUG